AUGUUGGCAUCAUUUAGGUAGGCUUUGAUUUGGUCUCUUCACUUUUUUAUGACAACUUGAAUCUUUUGUCAUUUUGUACCAAUGAUAACAUUGCUUGAAGUUUCGUUUAUCUUUUUUAUUAGAAAGGGUUCUCAAAUGCCAGAAAAUGAAAUAGAUAAUUAGUUCUCUUAAAACGCACUAUAAUGGCGCACUAAUUACACUUAUUGACUUAUGCAUAAUACAAAUAUUGGCCUUCAAAGAUGCGAUAUUACUCUUUUAAAAUGCAUUUAGAGCCUGUAAACACGUUCACGUCUAGCAUGAAAUCUGAAGUCUUAUUGUUUUUAUAUGUACAGGUUCCGGUGUUUUAUUAUUUUAAAAGCCUUAAACUGAAGUCAUUUCGACUUGAAAAAUGCUGACGCCUUCUCCAGGACUCUUCAAGAACAAUGGCACUUUUCUCAAAACACAAUCCAUGGUUUUCAGAUCUCUGCGAAAUCAUUUCCAGCAAUGGAUUCACGUUGACACGGAACGGUGCAACGACUGUUCUAAUCGUACCUUUCCUAAAACCAGGCUGUUCGUGUUACCUAUAAAGAAGACGUUGUCAGAGACAGAUUCACUGCAGCUACGAACUCCAACGUCUGGUCGCUCUGUGGACUUUGACGAUGCUGCGACUUGGCCUUACAUCGACGACGACAUUCCCGUAUGA